AUGCACCUUCAUCUUCCAAUAUUCGAAUUCGGUACUGCGCGUUACCCCAACCCUAAGAAACCAGCGGGAGUGGAUGCUUUCGACCGGUCUUCCAUGAUGUUCAGUGUUGAAAUCCGGUCCGAAGGAACGCUGGAGGCGGCCCCCAACCCUGAACUCACGGCUGCAAGUUCCAGCGACAUCUUUAGGAGGCGUAUUACUGGCGCCCGUCAAGGCUUGGAGCAUACGCUGAGGACUCCCAACACGUUCAUACGGCCCUCGAAGUGUUUCAAACUGUCCUCGUCCCAAGUUGCUCUCUCUGGCCUGCGCGCUACAUCAAGCCCAUCAAACGUGCCUUCAAGCAUCGCAAGAUUGUUGUCCCUUCAAGCACCUCCUACGGGACACCUGAUAGACGCGGAUGUCCGUGCGUAUGGCUGUUCUACCAGUCUGAAAGUUGAGUGGAAGUACUGGUCACCCGUGAGUACAUGCGCUCUUUCCCUUACAGAUAUUUUCUGCCCUUACGCAUAUCGAAAAGAUGAAGAACUGGGGCUGUGUCGAUUCUCGAACUUCGCAGUCACUAGCGGACAACAUAUCGACGGACGAUUUCAUAACAGCACCUCCGCCGACCACCUUUUUGGCCCACCGUCUCCCCCACAUCUCCCUGAUAUCCUCACAAUAGCAAAUGCUAUUUUGCACUUCAAACGAUCAACCCUCACCGACCUAUCAGCAGUAUACGCUGAUGCGCUCGCUGCAGCUUCAAGAUCCAACCAGGCUUACAUACGAUCCUGUGGCAAGACAACAAUGUAUUUACUAACUGGCCAUCAAGGAAGGGCAUAGACGGGAUCAGUUCGAAGCUCCCCCUGUGCACAUGUAUUGGCUGAAGUGCUGGAACAUGGUCUUAGAGGUUUGUUGACUACUUGUGUAGUACUUGCCACGUUUACUUCUUACUUCUACUCUUGCACAAAUACAUAAUCUCCGUUUCUCGUCGCUUCGCACGCACUGAUUUCAACACAAGUCUUGUUGCACCAGGAGCCUUACUUCGAAGUCACAAAAAUUCUACGUCUCCUAAAUGUUGUAAUAUUCAGCGUGU